GCGAUCUGCGAUUCGCCCACAACAACACGAGCGUCGAGUCAUAGGUCCAUCGGAUUACAGCUCUGAGCUCUCUAUUCCCAUUUUUGAUGGCUCGUACAUUUCAUAUUUUACCGCACCGGGCAACUUAUUCACCGUAGGUACUACACCGGUUUGGCUUCGUAGAAUUGCGGGGUGCCUUUGUUGAGUGAUGGUAGUACUGUCAAUCUACGAGGAAGUGUGUACACAGUGGUGACGCACAUGUUGGGUGAGAGGGGAAGUUUGGUUCUCAGGUUCAUAAGCCGGGCUUUUAUUACGCUGUGGGAUUUUAUUUUCUUCUACAGUUCUGCUUCAGUUUCUUGGGCCAUCAAAUAUUUGCCAUUGAGGAUGGAGAUACCAAACUGUUCUUCAGAGUUCUCUAGUACCGAAGUAGCAUCUCUUGUCAAGAAGGCAAUUGACCUCGCAGAAUCUGAUCAUAAUUCAUCAGAAUUUCUGGAUGGUUCUGAUGAGGAUAUAGAAACAGAUAAUGUGGAGCCAAAUGAUAUAAAACUUGCAAAUGAUCAUGAAAAUCCUGUGAAACAUGUUGGUCACCAAAGGAAUACAGUGAAUCCACAAUGGCAACUAACAGGCAAUCAUAUAACACCAGAUCAGGUGUCUGAUAUUGAGAAAGAACUGGACUUCUAUGAGAAGAUUGCACUUGUCUUUUUACUCUAUGAUAAUGAAGACCUCGCGCUUCAGAGAAUAAAAGUUGCUAAGCAGUCCAAUAGAAUUGGGCUAAUCUCUGAUUGGGCCAGGUUGGAAAGCAGCACCAAUCCACAUUGGCAUGACAAAUUUUUAGAAGCUUUAUGUAUUAUUCAGAAUUAUAAAUUGAUUCGGAAGUUGGGAUUUUCUCGAUCAGAUGUUGAUCUGAGAUUUCUUCCGGACAACAAUGAAACUUCAGUAUAUGUGCAUAUUGUUCGCAAGGCUCUGUACAUUUUGUGCGAGUCACUUGAUGGAAGUCAAUCAGUCCAACUCUUAAAUCACUUGAAAAGGAAGUUAGUGGAAUCUGGACAUGCACCAGAAGAUUUGUGGGCCUUCGAUCCAGAUUUAUUGGAGAUAGCGCUACUGCAGAUGAUGUCACUGCGGUUCCUGAAUGUUGGCAGCUGCACAGACACAGAUGCAGCUGGGCUUGUGUAUGGUUUAAAAGCUGUUGGUGCCCCUGAACUGGCUGAAAAUUUUCAGUCACUAUGUUCAAGGAAAGGUGAAGAGUCAUUGUCAACUGCCAGUGAAAUGAGUUUUAAGAGUUCGUCUACCAGCCCCAGCAAAUUGAAGACUGAAAUAUCUGCGGUGCCUUCGGUUUGUGAUGAUGAUUUCCGCUAUCACAUUAACCCAAAGCAUGUUGGGAUGUGUUUAAUAAUAAACCAGAAAGUGUUUACAAGAGAUUUGACUCCAGCAUCCCAGCAUCUCUUGCCAGAAGAGCCCCUGGAGACUCGUAUGGGUACAGAUCUCGACAGGGAUCGCCUGAUUGAAAUAUUUACGAAAUUAGGAUUUCUUGUGCUUGUUCGUGAGAAUCUUACAGAUGUAAGAAUGGAGGCAGAGGUGAAGACCACUGCCAAUAAAGUCCUGCCAUAUCAUUCGUGUUUUGCUCUCUGCAUUCUGAGUCAUGGAAAGAAAAAUGUUGUUUAUGGUAGCAAUAGCUUACCAGUGUAUGUUGAUAAAAUAGAAAGUAUGCUGCAUGGCUCACAGUGUAAGCCAUUGUUCAGAAAACCCAAGAUUUUAAUCAUCCAAGCCUGCCAGGGUACCACUCGCCAACAAGCUGUUCCCUAUGAAGACAUUGUGACAGAUGGACCUGCAUUUGUAAGGACUGCACCAGAAGUUGGUGAUAUGGUAACAUUUUGGUCAACUGUUCCAGGAUACGCUGCUUUCCGGGAUAAGGUUCACGGUUCAUGGUUCGUCAAAUCACUCUGGAACGAAAUGAUGAGUGAAGGAACCCAAAGGGAUCUUGCGAAAAUAUUCACUCGUGUUAUUGGUAGGGUGAGUGACCGCCAUGCUAAUAUGGAUGGUGAAAGAAAAGCCAUGAUGCCAACAUUCAAUACUACCUUACGUCGCGAUUUAAUAUUUCCUCGUCUACCUAAGUCUUAUGCUGAAGCUGCUCACAAAGUAGUAGAAAGAAUUAUGUAUUACAAGCUAAUUGAUGAAUUUGCCAACUUUUAUUUGGCAAAGAGGCGACUACAAAUGUUUCAUUGAAAAAGUACUUCUGACAUUGUUAGGAGGUGCUGAUACGGUCAUUGGGAAACAGUUGUUACCUUAAUUUUAUUGCUGUGAAGAAUUACAUUUUGAGAUGGAAAUUAUUUUUUUAUCUUUGUACACUUUCUCUUCUGUAUUUGAAAUAAUGUUGUGACCAUAAACAUUCGUUUGUGAAGGUUCUGUAGUUCUUCUAUUUUUGUAAUGUAUGUAGAUGCUUGUCGAAAAAGUUAUUUGGAAAUUUCUUGAUAUGUACUACAAACAUCAGAAAUCAGAAGGAACUGCUGCUGAGCAAAUGGAGUCAUGCUAAAGUACAGUGAAUUUAAACUGAUUCAUAAAAGGUUUUUAUCUCCCUCAUCUUAAGCUAUUGGUAAAAAUUACUAUUUUUCCCAUUUGUGACAGCUCAAUUAUGCGGUGAUUUCAUUUUGUUAUAAACAAGUAAGUCGCCAGAUACCUGUUUUUAGACAAAUGUGAUUAAAAUACAAUCCAGCAACAUUGCUGUUAUUACAUACUAACUGAAAUGAUUAAGAAUCCAAAUUCACACUCACACUCACUUUCUGCAGUGACUUCGUGCUUUGAUUCUUCAAAUCAGUGUGACACAUGGUAAUUGCAACUUGAUCUGAUCAUCAAACUUGUCUUGUACCUUCAUGGUAGGAGGUUUGUUCGUAUCCCAUUAUAUAAACAGACUUCUUUUUAAUGGGACUGCUCUGUUGAUCACCUUGUGAAUAAAUCAGUUCAUUUCCAGAUUUCCAGCUUACUGUAGUUCUUGUCAAUUCGAUUUUGAUUCAUUGUGUCAGUGAUUAAUGAUUUUAUAUUUUUAUCUUUAUUGGAAUAUAGUGCUUAAACAUUUUCUGUUUUAUAGCUAUUACAGAUUUCUAUCCCAAACAGAGAUAAGUCUGAAUACCAGCUCAAUUAUGCGGUGAUUUCAUUUUGUUACAAACAAGUAAGUUGCCAGUGAGCAGCUAAAUUUGUAGCUAAACGUAAUUUUGAAGCUGGUGGUAGAAUAUGUAAAAUAAAUUUCAUACCACAUUCUACACUUUUUCUCCUGGCAAAAACCUUGAUAGUCACAAAUAUGACUAAGUGGCUAGUAACAACAUACUUAAAAACACUUUUGGAUCUGUUGAUCAUGAAUACUAACACUAAUUGGUAUUUGUGUACACAGGGCCUCUGGGAUACUUUGUGCUCACAUGGAAAAUGGUAUUUUGUUAAAGGUAGGUUGUUGCAUUCAGAGUGUUAAUCUAUAAUAAUCAUUGUUUUCAAUGAAGAAGCUAAAUUUUAGAGGUUUAGCUGAUGUAUUUUUGAGUGUAUCUCCCACUAUAUAUGAAGGUAGUGGCCGAAACGUUGGAACAUUUUAUAUUCUGAUGUCAUUUCUAGGAAACAACAUCACAUAGAAUACAUGCUGUCGCAUCCCAAGCACAGGUUUCACUUGAGAUUGCGUGACACAGUUGGUAACCACAGGUUAGCUUCUUGGCCGUAGUGAGAGGGAGACUUUGACCUAGCUAAGAAGUUACAAUCCCUGGUGUGAAAGUGGAAGAAGGCUGGGAGAUAAUUGAAGUAUUCUCCAGAAUUGUUUUACUAUCUGAAGUUUAUUCAACAUAUACAGAAUGACUUCCUAACUGCUCUGGGUGAGAUGUUUCCAAUGAGCAGCCAAGUCUGAUGCAGAGACGGUGUAAGACAACCGCCGUUCUGUCUACUCUUAGAUUGCAACCCUGAUGUCAUAGCUUAAGAGUCUCACAGCUGCUGCCUAUCUGAUCAUCAGCUCUGAGUGCUAACUCUGCAACAAGCCCUGGCUCUCCCUGCAACAC